UUGUACUUGUUAGUCCACAUUUAGAACUGAUUAUUCUAUUUGAGUUGAUUAUGUUUUGAUUUCCCGUCCAGACGCCAGUCAGGAUUGUGUUUUUUUCGUAUUCCAGUAUUGCUCGCUGAACAAUGGAGAAAGUAACAGUGCUAGACGGUGGGUUUGCCACCCAGCUUUCAGUUCACGUAGGAACUCACAUUGACGGAGAUCCGCUGUGGAGUGCCCGGUUCAAUGCCACCAAUCCGAAUGCUGUGUUCAAAACUCAUCUGGACUUCCUAGAAGCAGGAGCUGAAUGUAUUAUGACCAACACGUACCAAGCCAGUAUCGAAGGCUACAUGGAAUAUUUAGAUCUGAGUGAAGAGGGCAGCUUACAGCUGAUCAAAUCAACAGUCAAACUAGCUCAAAUGGCCAGGACCAAAUAUCUGGCAGAGAACGAUGUUCGACGUGUUCCACUGGUGGUAGCCUCAGUCGGACCGUACGGGGCACAUUUGCACGACGGAUCGGAGUACACCGGGGAGUACGCGGAUUACGUCACAGCGGAUACCAUUCAGAAGUGGCACAGAAAUCGGAUUGAUGCUUGCUUGGAAGCUGGAGUGGACGUGGUAGGGAUCGAAACGAUCCCGUGUAAGAUUGAAGCCGAUGCGAUGCUCGAAAUGAUGUGCGAAGAGUAUCCCCACGUAAAAUUCUGGAUCUCGUUCCAGUGCAGGGAUAGUGCUCACAUUGCGCACGGAGAAAACUUCGCCGAGACUGCCGCCUUUAUUUGGGCCAAGGCCAAACGACUGGGAACCGACAAUCUGAUUGCCGUAGGCGUGAAUUGCGUCAAUCCGCAGUUUGUGACGCCCCUUUUCAAAUCGGUUAACGACAAGCGGCUAGCCAAGGAUCGCAUCCCGCUGAUUGUGUAUCCCAACUCUGGGGAGGUUUACAGCGUUGAAACUGGCUGGCAAGGCAAAGAAGACUGCGUUCCGUUGGAAUACUACGUGCCACAGUGGAUUGAACUCGGGGCACGUUUCAUUGGCGGCUGCUGUCGAACCUACGCACGUGACAUUAAGCGUAUCAAACGUACUGUAGCUUCCUUACAGGCUGGUGGCCUGAAAAAGUCGUGAUGUAUGUAUGUAUAAUUUAACUCCUUAGUGUCUGCGAGAGUGAGGAAGAAUGAACACCAUUUUAAAUAGAUUGCAUUUGUAUUUCUGUGUUUAGAAAAGUACUCUUGAACGAUUAGUAAUUAUAAUUGAAUAUAUACGA